CCUCGGCUCCAGCUCAACAGUUCUUUUUUGGAAGUAUAUUACGCCCUAUUGCGGAACAACUGGAUGCGAACGUUGAUGAACCUUGGACAACCAUAUGACAAGGACUCCGUGUGGAGUAGGGGCGCUGCGGUUGUGGCCGCUUAUUACACUCCAACAAACAACGAAAUGGUGUUCCCCGCGGGCAUACUUCAAGCACCCUUCUAUCAACGUGGUCUUCCACGUUCUCUUAACUUUGGGGCCAUGGGUUUUGUGAUCGGACACGAGAUGACUCACGGUUUCGACGACAGAGGAGGCCAGUUUGAUGCGGACGGUGCAUUGAGACAAUGGUGGACCAACGACACCCGCACCAAAUUUAAAGAAAAGGCCCAGUGCUUUAUAUACCAAUACGGAAACAUCACCGACGAAAAGGCCAACAUGACGCUCAACGGGAGGCACACCGUCGGUGAAAACAUCGCCGACAACGGCGGACUCCGUCUGGUCUUCAAGGCAUACGAAAAAGUGCUAGAAGACGAAUGUCGUGGUGAGGACACUAGACUACCAGGCCUGACAAACCUGACCGGAAAGCAGCUAUUCUUCAUCGCAGACGCAAUGAUGUGGUGCAGUUUAAGCACAGUGCAGCGGUUGAAACAACAAAUUCAGUACGACGUGCACAGCCCCGCUCCGUAUAGAGUCAAUAUGCCAAUGAAGAACUUCGAUGAAUUCGCCAAAGCAUUUAAAUGCAACGCAAAUUCUACAAUGAACCCAACUGAAAGAUGCACGUUAUGGUGAAGACAUCGGGACACGAGAGUGAGAUGCGAGAAACCUGCCCCGUUGUGCUACACAACAGCUGACAACACUAUAGCCUGCAGCGAUCAAAUCGCUAAAUAUAGAGUUAACACGACUUUUCACGUUGUAAUGCUCUAUCGCCCGAAUGGCACUUCAGUGCAUCUCGUCGACAAUUUAUAAUACAUGUGUCGUA